AUGGCCGUCAGCCUGAUCAUCAUCUGCGUCCUAUCACUGAUUGGCUAUGGUACAUCCCACCCCUCUUCUCCUCCUCGGGGAUGCAGUGAGGAUGUGGACCCUCCGUACAGAGUGCUGUGUGACCUGGAGUCAGUCUGGGGUGUAGUUCUGGAGGCUGUGGCUUGCAGCGGUGGUGUCACUUCUUUGGUAAUCGCUGUACUCCUGCUUGUUAAGCUGCGCUCUAUUUCCGAUGCUGCCAGGCGCUCUGGCAUGGGGCCUCUUCUUCUGCUCCUUGGCACACUUCUCGGCCUUUUCUCCAUCUCUCUGGCUUUCCUGGUGGGGAAGAACCAGGCGCUCUGUGUGGUCCGCAGGGCCUUCUGGGGGCCUCUAUUUGCCCUCUGCUUCUCCAGUUUGCUCGUGCAGGGUGUGAGGCUCAGGAGGCUGGUGGCUGGCAAGACAAGCCCCUCAGGCAGCACCCUGGCAGCGCUUGGCCUGGCCUUGGCCUUGGUUCAGGGCAUCAUCUCUGCUGAAUGGGUCCUGCUGACUGUUGUCAGGGAGGGUCACCCAGCCUGCGAAUAUCCACCUUUGGACUUUGCGCUGACAUGCAGCUACACCCUAGGGCUGCUCCUCAUAGCCAUGGGGCUUUCUCUGGGGGUGGUGCUCUGUGGAGGAGAGUUUGGGGACGAAGGAGGUGGUGGAAGUGAAGAAGACAGAGAAGGAGAGAGUGAAAAACGGAGAUGGAAGUGUAAUGCUGUGUGGCUCUUCCUGUCCAGUCUGGCUUCAGCAUUGCUGUGGGUGGCCUGGCUGGGGUUUUAUCUUUACGGUAGCCAGGCGUUGAGAGGAAAGGGGAAAGGAGAAAGGUUUGGUGGUGGAGGGAAGAACGAUCUCAAAGUGCUGGAUGAGCCUGCGCUGGCGGUGGCCCUGGUUAUUCAGGGAUGGAUCCUGCUGCUGUUCCAUGCCAUUCCAGAGGCGCACCUGUGUCUCCGAAAUCCUCCACAGUCCAACACACAAGACUUCUUUAACACCAGUCACACGUCCCCUCCUCCACAUUUUGGAGACGAGCUCCCUGCACGCUCUCACCGACCCUUCCCAGAAAACCAAGCCUUUUCUAUGGAGGAGCACAGUGCAACUCUCCGGAGUGGAACUUACCACAGCAGCCAAGGGAGUGUACGUCCUGGCAUAGCCUUCAGAGGUCACGUGUACCAACCCACUGAGAUGGCUCUGGUCAUGAAUGGUGGCACGAUGCCCACAGCCCCAAUUAACUACACUGGACGCCGGUUAUGGUAAUAUGGGACAAGGCUUGAAGAGGAUAUAUCUGAGUCGCUCUUUGAUUGAGGAAUUUUAUGUUGCCUGACAAGAAGAUGGAAAUAUUAAAGACAUCCCAUAUCACUCUAGAGUGGAUUUGAUGGGAUCUAAAUAUCUUUAAUGUGUUUGUGUUUCUGCUCACGUGUAUGAAUUUGACAUUUUAAAAACAAAUUGUAAUAGUAUUUGUGCUUAAAUUUUCUUGAUUGCCUUUUGAUCAAAUAACUUUUUACUCUCUGGACAUGAAAUCAAAGGGGAGGGAAGAGAAAGUGUUGUGGCUUCCAUAGUUAAGGACAUUUCAUCACAAAGUGACUGCGUUUCAGGUGCAAUAUUUUGAUCAGUUCAGAUACAGUAAUAGACACUGAUGAGAGGUGUAUAAAUAGGGCUAAUGUUUUCAUGGAUCAAAACUCAGUGUCCAGUGUGAUAUUGAAAGGGACUAACUGAAUAAGACAGUGGCAGAGUUAUGAUUACAGGAGGAUUUGAAUGUAGUUAAGUGAACAUAUUACUUGAGAAGUGCUAAACCAGCACUGUUACUUGUUACCUGCCUGAUCAUCGGGGAUGCUUACUUUGUAAAAAUGUCUUUCUCUUUUUGUUUGGCCUCAAGCUACACCUAAGAAAAAAACCCAGGACGUUUAUGUAAAUUUCCUGCAUACGCCCACAAAGCUUGUUUGGCCUCAGUGUUUCACACUGGAAAACCCCAAAGGACUCCCAUAGUGCUUCUCUCCUCCCUUCUAUUCUCAGUGCUAUGGGGCAGUUUGGUACAUUUCACUGGGCGUAUUGAUAAAUGUCAUGUAUUUAACAGCUAGUGCUGGUUUAUGGGGGAAUUUCAAGUGAUUUGUAAUGUUUAAGAUGAAUCUAUAAGAAAUCUAGUUUUUUUGUAAGCACAUCAUAACAAGCCAUUUAAUACUGCAAUAGCUACUCUGGAGUAUAGGAAUUACUGCUGGAGAUUGUGAUUUUGCACUUUAUCAGCGCUGAUCUUGUCUGGGCAUUGUGAUAUUUGAGAUGCAUGUGGAAGUACAGUUUAAAGGUCCUGUAUUUUUGUCAGACUUAAUGUAUUUUGAGUGUUUUCUAAAAUUUUGAUAUAUAUUUAUACAUAUACUGUAUAUUGGAGAAAAAAGUUGCAAGCAGAUUAUUUACAGUUGACAAAACACUCCAUUUAAAGAUUCUACGAUAACAAGUUUACAUGCUGUAAUGGUCAAAGUAUGCAUCAUUUCUUUCAUACCAUAGAUACUGCUGCAGUGCCUCUUUUCAUACUCUGGCUGAAAUGCUUAAUUUUAGCUUUUGGUCCACCUCCCAAAAAGCUCAGUCUGCUCUGAUUGGUCAGGAGGCCAGCUCUUUUGAAAUUGGUCAGCUGCUCAUAGUGUGUCUCCAUAGGCACCCUGAUGCAGCAAUGGCAACAAUCAUGUUGAGUCAAAUUAGUAGGCAGAUGAACGUGUUGCCUGUUACCUGGUAACACAGACACUUCACUGUAAACAAGCCAGGAAUGCAACCAAGGAAUUUUAGGCUCUUGAUCUAAGAUCUGAUGAUCUAAGAUGAUCUAAGUUUUCUGGCAUAGAGAAGAAUACCUUUGCCACUGACUUUGGCAACUGUAACUUAGCAGACACACUAAAGGAAAGGAACACUGGAUUUAAUGACAAAGGGUAAAUCCUAUCUGCAGAGGAAGGCCAUGUGAUAAAUUUAAAGUUUGGUCAAGUCUGCUAAAUGGACCUUGAGUUUGGGAUGUUUUUCCCUGAAUUCAUUAACACUAAGAGCAUUCAGACACAUAUUCAACAUUAAUGGCAGCAUCUGACAUUUUUUGGGGGAUUUAGUAUCUCCUUUCAUUUAAUAUCAAAUACAGCGAAAACAUGUCAUCACUGUGACUUUACCUGCAAACGUUUCGUGUUUUUGAUAUUUGCAAAGUUUGGCUAAAAAUCCCUGCAUAUUUGACUGGAGAGCUGCAGUUUCCAUCUCUUGCGCAAGACAAUUUAUAUGGUUACAAUACAAUUUGAAGAGCAGUCACCAUGUUCAUGUCGUGAGCAUUCUUUCUCACUGUAACACUUAACUGAAUAACCAAGUUGUCAACAACUUUGCUGUUGUGUACAGGCGUGUGCUCUGAUAUUGUAAUUUGAAAAUAUUAUCAUCACAUAAUUUUAUGUAAAAAUCCUAUAAAACUGAGUUUUAAUUGUGUGAAUAUUCAAGUAUGAAGAAGUACUGGUGUUACUUUUUUGAGAUGCUCAUAUGAUGAUAGCACUGUCACUGU